UGUGAUAAAGCAUUUAAAACAACCCGUGCAUUAAAACUACAUAAAAUGAUGCAUACUCAAGGAUACCCUCAUAAAUGUGCAAUAUGCAAUAAAGGAUUUGUAACAAAAUUCGCAUUAAACCAACACGAAAUUUUUCAUACAGACGAUCCUUAUAAAUGUGUAACAUGCAAUAAAACAUUUGUAUCAAAAUACACAUUAAAAUUACAUGAAUUGCGCUAUAAAGGAAGGGAAUCAAAGCAUCGUGAAAUGGGGUACACCGGAGAACGCUCUCGCACAUGUGAAAUAUGUAAUAAAGUAUUUAAAACAAAAGAGAUAUUAAAGAAGCACCAGUAUGUCCAUGAAGAAAGAACUUCUUACACUUGUGAAAUAUGCAGUAAAACAUUUUCUGGAAAAUACACAUUACAUGUACAUAAAAGGAUCCACACUGGAGAAUGUCUUCACAAAUGUGAAAAAUGCAGUAAAACUUUUACAAGUAUUACAAAUUUAAAUCGACAUAAUCUUGUCCAUAGUGAAGAACGCCCUUUUAAAUGUGAGACAUGUGGUAAAGCGUAUAAAGCAAAACGGACCUUACAACUACAUGAAAAAUCACAUUGA